AUGCCACCUAUCCCACAAGGUCAGCAAUUUGGCGCUAAUGCCAAGCCUAGACAACAUGCCGCGGCUGCUCCCGUGGUCUCAUACACACCAACCGAGACUGUGAUCCCUCCUACCUUGUACCACAAGGUGCCCAACUUGGAGUUGUACCAGAAGCUCAAGGAAGCCGAAAAAGACGUGGAUAUAUUAAUAUCAAGAAAGGCGUUGGAUUUCCAGGCUAUCCAGCAGAAGACUAUUCAUCCGCUGAACUUCAAGGGCGAAACUGGAAUCUUGAGAGUGUUUGUCUACAACACUAACGAGAACCAACCAUGGCAAAAGCAAUUGCAACAAGAACAAGGUAAGCAAGUGGCGGAUCCCCAUGCCGAAUCGACCUGGACUUUGAGAGUAGAGGGAAGAUUCUUGAGUGAUAGUCAAGACAAUAGCGAGAGCGAAGCUUUCAAGUUUAGCUCGUUCUUGUCUGGAAUCUCCAUUGACAUAAUUCCCAACGACGAUUACCCAGCCUUGCAAAACUCGCUGUCUAACAUUAUUGAGUGGAGAAAUGAUACCGGUGAUUUAUCCAGAAACAUCAACAGUGCUUCGUUUGACGGGUUAGACAUCAAGAGAAGUGGUAUUUUCAAUAUCAAUACUAAAAUAGCCAUUUUGGUGAAAAGCCAUUCUGCUAGACUCAAACUCAGCGAUGAAAUGUCUCAGUUUACGGGCAAGCACGAAUCUACCCAACAAGAGUUGAUUUACAUGAUUUGGCAGUAUGUGUUGUACAAGAACUUGAUAAGAAAAACUGACAAUCUCACUAAGGUGCCUGCUGUGUCCUCUUCAGGAUUACAUGACGGUACCAUCAACCAGGAUGCUGAUAAUGAAGACCUUACAGUUGCACAAGCAGACUCGGUGUUGAAAAGUCUCUUGAAGGUCGAUACAUUUAAAUUUACUGAUCUUUACAAACUUUUACAACCUCAUUUCAAGCCAAGAGCACCUAUCUUAAUUGAUUACGAGGUGAACACAAGAAAGUCAACAACCUUAGGAGAAGUGGUCCUCGAUAUUCCAAUUGAACUUCCAUUGAAUUUAAGCAAGGUCCAGAAGGAACUCCUCAACUUCAACAAGCUCGCUUUCGACAACCUCACCAAAGCUGAUGGUAUAAUUCAAAAAUUGAACUCAAGAAUUGCGUUGGGAAUCGUUAGCUUGCAAAAUGCCAACUUGAGAGAAGAUUUCUAUAGAUCUUUGAGUGAUGAUCCAGUUAAAUUUAUUGAGCAAUGGCUAGAGAGCCAAGCGGAAACGUUGAAGGCCUUGAAGAGCGAUGAAGGUUAUGAUGAAGAGAUUGUUAGACGUGCACAAUACUUUGAAGAAAACGAAAGCUUGAUCAGAGAUAAGAUUGAUUUAUUGUUGGGCUCAAAUAGAUUCUAA